UCUUGAACAAUCUCUCCUGACAUCUCCUCCGAAUCCCCAGAUCCCCAGAUCCGCGAAGCAGCAAAUCCGCAAAUCCGCAGAUACCCGCUCUCAACUACCUUCCACCUUCCGACACAUCCCUUACUCUCACAAUGGCUUCCGAUAACCCACAAAUACUACACCCCAAACCCCGCCGCCCAUUCAACCCCAAUACCGCGCCCGAGCAACCACCCAGUCCUCUCCUCACACCCUCCGCAGGCGACAACACGCCCUCCCGAACCCAUUCCAUCCUGAACCUUACAUCUUCGACCCUGCUUGGGAUCUACUCUCCCACCGGCUACGACAACGAGCGAGAAGAGCCCUCAACACCAUGGGGCACUGGUGCUGAGACGCCUGCUGUCAGCUCGACCUAUUUCCCCACACGAAGAACGGGCGUCGUACCGCCAGCGCCCCAACAAUCCUGGGUAUCUUUCGGGUUUGGUCUACUCAUGAGGGUGAUAUUACUCGGUGGUUUAGGAAUGCUGUAUGGGGUACUGGUACGGCAUCUGCAUCACGAACGGAAAUUGGCGCCGUUUCAGGUCGAAAGCAUCAUUAAGCCAGGAGACGAUUGGAGAUAUCUCUUGUUCUGGGGGGUUGCGGGCGUAGCGUUGGGUAGCUUAUUGCCGUGGAUCGACACUUUGUGUGCGGACAAGAAUGGCGAGGCCUCAUCAGGGGAGAAGGAGGGAAGUCCAGAGGUGACAGCGGAGGAGGGUUUGGAAUCUACAGGCAUAUUUGGGGCAGAUUGGACGCCUGUUGUUAGGAGUGUGGGGGCUUUUGUGGGAAUUGCUUUUGCCAUUAGGCGGCUCCCAUGGACUUCAACGCUCCAAGCCUCCCUGACCCUAGCGCUGGUGAACCCGGUCCUCUGGUACAUAAUCGACCGAUCGAAACCCGGCUUUAUCCUCUCCAGCGCGGUCGGCGCCACUGGCACCGCGCUCCUCCUCGCCUCCAACCCCGACAUGAUGCCGUCCCCGGCCUCGCCCUCCAGAAACACAACGCUGCAUACCCCUACCGGGAUUCUCUACGUCAGCAGAGAGAGCCUCGAGGGCGGCAUCUGGAUCAUAAGCGUGUUGUUUUGCAGCUGCGUCUGUUUUGGGAAUAUUGGUAGAAGACUUGCGCUCUCGGGGGGUAGGGAUAGGGCCCCGGCGGGCAAAGGGUUUCGUGGAAAAGGAAAGGGGUGACUCAUUCAUGUCUCAUGUC